AUUGUACGUCGUAAACUACGUGGACUAGACUUGUGUUUCCGUUACAAUUCCUGUUAUGAAGACCAGAGGCGUUUGCAGAGAGCUGUGGUAGAUUUAAUCCACGGGCAUUCAGCAAAUGUGAAUAGCUGUAAUCGGAUGGGUCAGACUCCGCUUCAUUUGACGUUACUAUAUGGCUACACCGGCAUUGCGAAGAUUCUGCUAAGUCGUGGAGCAAAUCCGAACGUACAGGGCAUUUACGGACAUUUACCUCUGCACUAUGCGUGUCUUGGGUUCUGUGGUAAUCUAGAUGGAAGUGACGGCGAAGCUGUCGAAAUAGUUCGACUGCUACUUGAGCAAGCAGAGAAGUAUACUUGCGUCCUUGGAGCUCAUACAGAUCGCCGUAAACACAAAUCGGCAGCAGAGAAACAAGCUCUAGCGAUCGAAAAUAUUCUGGAAAAAGGUCUACAAAGUGUCAUCCAACCUCAGUCGAUCGUACUUAAGCUUGCAAAUCCCAAACAAAUUCUAUCGACAAUCUCGUUUCGUGGCAAUUUCUUGCCGUGGCAUUUUGCCUGUGGAGCGUACGUGCAGCUAUCCUCGGUCUUGUGUCUUGAUGAUGAUAUGCAAAAGUGGUUUGAAGCCAAUGGCCAAGUACGAGCAGAUAUCCUUCGAUACUUGAUUCAAGAAUGGAAAAUUGACAGCAGUACGACUGCAAGUGAUGGUUUAACAGCGUUGCAUUUGGCAGUAAAGAGCGACGUAAAUGGCAAUAAUCUCCCCGUGAUCGACGUGCUGCUAGAGAACUGUACUGCUAAUGUGAACGCCGUACACGAUCACAUACUCAUUGACAGCUUACCUAUCAUUCCUACUGGAGUUCAGGCGAUCUACUGCUCUGGUGAUGACCGUAAGCAAGCAUACGUUUCGUCUAGAUCACUUGAUGGAAAAUAUCACAUCAUCUUGGAGGAAGGCCAGCACGUUGAUAACGUUGCACGCGAACAACUGCAAGUUAUCAGCGAUCUAGGCACAAAACGGUCUCACUCUCACCAUUACAAAUACUUGUUGCCUAUGGAGAGCAGGUUUGCAGCUCUGCAUUACGCACUGCAGUCAAACCACGACACACUUGCGUUACGGUUGUUAAGUCUGCCAGAUAUCUCACUUGACCCUGAAGGAAGCGACCUCCCUUUACUUGCGUUGGCAUGCGCUGCCUGUCAAUCCUCUGAAGUUGUGAAGCGAUUAAUCACUCAGCAGGCAAAUAUGCGCGUACAUUUACCACUCAGAACGUCCCAGUGCGACUUGACAGCAGUAGAUGCUGAUACUUCUACUAGCAUUGCGAACCGAAAAAAUGCUGCCGCGCUUCACUAUGCGGUCAUGUAUGAUGAUUCUGCUAUGGUUGAAGUGCUGUUAACCAGUCCAGGAGAUCAUGUGCAUCCGGAUGUACGGAGAUCUGGAGAUGGCUUCACACCGUUGCAUCUGGCGUGUGAGAUGGAGAAUAUGAAGAUUUGGCAUGAUGUCGAGGAAGCACGAGUUGAGCUCAAUAUCUUACAUCAUCAGCUUGAUCGUGCCGUUCGGAAGAGCUCAAUGCUUCCAAGUAUACUCCCUAACGAAUCUGGUGUGAUAACCAUUGCAGUAUCGCCAACUUCUGGGUCCCCAUCGAAGAAAAGAUCAGAGUAUAUCAUGGCUCUCGGCACGCAUGACGCGGUGCCUCUGUUCUUACGUCAUCGUGGAAAAUUGAAGAGAAGAGUUCUCAAGAAAAUUGACGUCGAGAAAGUGGUGCGUAAGGUCUGGGUUGAAAAGCGGAAGCGCGAGCAGCGUAACCCGCUAGGACGAUACCCGCUCGAGAAGGUUUUGUAUGAGAAGCUGCAUCGCAAGUACGGAUUCCAACCAUUGAUCGCCGAGUGGGGUUACAAUUUGUUACUAGCGUUGCAGUUGUUUAGCUGGGACUCGGAAAUCGAAAUGUUCUUGCUGUGCUUGACUGGUGCUGUCUCCGAUCUUGUGUACGUGGAUCAAGAACACAUGAUCCAAGGCUGUCAGCAACUCCUGCUUCGACUGUGCGAGCUUUACAACGUAGAAAGCUUCGUGACUGAGCGACGGGUACUGCUGAAAGAUGCAUUGGUCGCACUGAGAACGUAUUUCCCUUUGAAGACGUCGGCACAAUUGCAAGCUAUUGAGCAGUCUAUCAUUCGGGACAUGCACAAGAUGAAGCGUGGUGGAAACGACUCUAUUUUGUAUAUCCAUGACAUUCUGCCGUUAGAUGUGAAGUACCCGCUUGGAUUUUUCGUCAAGACAAUUCGAACACAACAUUUUAAGGAGAUUCAGGAUUACUACGCACUGCUUCUGAGCGAAUUGGAACAGCGUGACACGGAGCAGCGAGGGAUUUUGCCGAUUUCUGUCGUCCGAGAUGCAAUUCUGGCAAUUGAUCCACUGGCAGAAUCUGGUGCGGUGCAGAAUCUGAUCAUGAAAGCCUUGCAGAUCAAGACUCAAGUGCAUCUGCACCUACGUGAACCUGUUCUUUACAAAGCUGUACUGAGGAAAAUGAACGCGACGUGUUUAAUGAAAUUUGCGUUAAACUUCGAUCAGAACGCAGAAGUCAACUGGCGUCGCCGACCAGGUGCUGUGUAUGCCGAUAUUGCAACUUCUACCAGUACCGAAAACAAGCAGCAGAAAGUAUCAGCAACCGACUUAAAUAGCGGUUAG